GCAAACAAAAUGUUAAAAUUAAGUAACAUAUCUUCAAAACUGAGAAGGAAUAUAGAGUUCCUUUUAGGGAUUAGGUAAGAGGCUUUCAUCCUUUCAAAGAUUUUAGAGUUCGGUGGCACUGGUUUUUAUUUUACUAUUGAAUCAACAUCCACACCUCCAUUUACCUGAUAUAACGGUAAUAUUGUGUAACCAUUACAUUUAUAUGAUUUGAUAUGAGACUGUUUUUGUUUUGACAGAUUUUCCUAGAUGUGUAAAAGAGAAGAAUAACAUAAAGAAAAUGUGUAUUUUGAGUUAAAAAAGAAGCUUUUAAAUAAUUAAUUGGUACAUUGUAAAGUAAAACAGUAAGGUGAAAUUGUUUUCAGGCUUCUUCCUCUGGUGGUUAAAAUAAAAGUGGAGAAGAGAAAAGAAAUUAGGUCAAACUUUUCCCAGAUUGGUUGUUAGUGGUAACUUUGGCCCAGGACAACUAAAUUCCUGCCUGGAGAAAAGAUGUUGUAGGAGAAAUCCCAGGAAGUGAGGAAAGGAGUGUAGAGUCCAUGGCUAACCAGUAGUGGGCAAAGGUGGAAGGAUUAUAAAUUGGAUUUUGUCAUACAGGUGAUGCAUGUUGGACUAAGCUGUUUGCUUAAGGCGAUCUGCCUACAAAGUGAGCGAGGAGCAAUGCUAAAAAUCUAAAGCACCAAACAGUUAAGUAGAAGUGCAAAGGGACCUUCCUCCCAAUGCCAAAUUCCAACUUUAGUCUGAAGACCGAUUAGGAAUUGAAAUCUUUCAUUUCUUUGAUUCACAGACCAAUCCAGAUGCUGAGACUCUGUUACUAGAUUAUGUAGGGUGUAAUUAUGUCUUUUUUUUUUUUUUUUAAGAAAUCUCCUGGGGAUUCCUGUAACCCAAGUGAGUUCUGCAACUUGGAGUAAAAUGUUACGUCUUUAUUUUUAUUUUCCCGUAACUGAAAGUUGAUGUUUCCUUCCAAUUUGAAUGCAAGUAACCAACCCACACCAAUAUUAGAAGUAUUUAUGACUUGGUCAGCAGUAGUAAUUAUAAGAAUUUUUAUAUUGUAUUGCAGUUGUUAAAGAGAUCUCCAAAUAUUUAAGCUCAUCAUUAUUUUGAAAUGAAGAUGGUUAUUGGACCCACCACUACAUUUCAAAAUUUUAGUGUAUUGAUAAAGAGGCACAUAUAUUGCUGUUUACAAAUCUGUUUUCUAAAAUUAUUUUGAUAACUGUAUUUUGAUAUAACUUGUUUCCUUGGUAAUCCUAUACACUUUAUUUGAUGUAUUUAAAACAUUAUUCUGAGAUACUUUCACCAGACAGUUAAAGGAUUGAUAGCCCAACCCGUGUAUAGGAUCUUAAACUUUACACUUUAAAGUAAAUUUGUUUCCCUUCUUUUUGGAACAACUCCACAAAAUUGGAUUAUUAUUUCCAAAUUAUUUUAAAUCUCUCUAGGGAUAUUGGCAAACCUUCUAAACAACUCUGCUUAAUUAUGCGAUCAAAUUGUUAUUUGUUUAAUGAAUUAAUGGUCAUUUAUGAAAUGAAGUUCUUUGCUAUGUCUUAUAAAGGACACAGAGGUGAAAAAGACAUGGAAACUAUUUUCGAAGGAACUUUUACUUUUGCGGGGGGAGUGGACAGCUAAUGCAUAUAAUUUUUAGCAGAGAGAGCUGGAGAGUAGUACUGUUUGGGCUGAGUAUGAAACUAGCCACGCUGGUGGCUUAAAAUGAAAAUUCUGUUUUGAUGAUGUGUCUGUUAUGUUGGAAGUUCAUUCACAGUUGAGACUGAACAAAACUCAAGCUGAGGCUUCAGAUAGGAUUCCCAAGGGUAUCCUGAGUUACUCUUUGGUUUCCCAGCUCCUAUAAGACAGGUUAGUUUCUUAAAUAAAACAUACCAGUACUUUGGCUCUUUCCGAUUUCUUAUACCUUCGUGUCUGUCCUUUCGGGAAAAUACAACAGAAAGCUACAUAAUCAUAAGUGGGGAAGAGGAGAUGUGACAAGAUCACUUAAGACUCAGGGGUUUUAGUUAAGAACAAACAGAAAUUAAAUGGCAGGACUUUAUGGAUGAAUUCAGUCUGUAUUUAAUAUUGUAUUAUUAAAAGUGUGGUAUUCGGAGAAAAAUUAUUUUAAAAAUCUACUCUAUUCUUGCCAGAUGACACCAGCAAUGAAUGCAACAUCUUUUAAAGUUUGUUUUACAACACUGAAAAUGUUCCAAUGAAAGAAACAUGAUCAUCUUAUGAAGGGGGUUCUUGAAAUUUUCAGUAGCAAUUGGGGCAGUUCCUAAGCCUGCACUUCUGAAUUAUAUAAUUUUAUAGGUAUGCAUGUCUAUGGUUAGCACAUAGUGACUUGUUACUGAAAAGGACAACAAACUAUGAGACAGAUAAAUCAGACACAAGUGACAGAAUUCCUCCUUCUGGGACUCUCUGAUGGGCCACACACCCAGCAGCUGCUAUUUAUCUUAUUCUUGGGUGUCUACCUGGUCACUGUGCUUGGAAAUCUGCUUCUAAUGUCCCUUGUUCAUGUUGACUCCAGACUUCACACACCCAUGUAUUUUUUUCUCUGCAACUUGUCUCUGGCUGACCUCUGUUUCUCUACCAACAUAGUUCCUCAGGCACUAGUCCACCUGCUUUCCAGGAAGAAGGUCAUUUCAUUCACACGUUGCACAGCUCAACUUCUCUUUUUCCUCAUUUUUGGGUGUACACAGUGUGCCCUUCUUGCAGUGAUGUCCUAUGAUCGUUAUGUUGCAAUCUGCAAUCCUCUGCAUUACCCUAGCAUCAUGACCUGGAAAGUGUGUGUCCAGCUGGCAACAGGAUCAUGGACCAGUGGCAUUCUGGUGUCUGUGGUAGACACCACCUUCACACUGAGGCUACCCUACCGAGGCAGUAACAGCAUUGCUCAUUUCUUUUGUGAGGCCCCUGCACUAUUGAUCUUGGCAUCCACAGACACCCACGCGUCAGAGAUGGCCAUUUUUCUUAUGGGGAUUAUGAUUCUCCUCAUACCUGUUUUUCUGAUUCUGAUAUCCUAUGGCCAUAUCAUAGUAACUGUGGUCAAGAUGAAGUCAACUGUGGGGAGUCUCAAGGCAUUUUCUACCUGUGGCUCCCACCUCAUGGUGGUCAUAAUUUUUUAUGGAUCAGCAAUUAUCACUUACAUGACACCCAAGUCUUCCAAACAGCAGGAAAAAUUGGUGUCUGUUUUCUAUGCAAUGGUGACUCCCAUGCUUAAUCCCCUCAUAUAUAGCCUGAGAAACAAGGAUGUGAAGGGAGCUCUGAGGAAAGUAGCCACAAGGAAUUUCCCAUGCAGGCUUGGAAUCUCACACUGACAGUGAGCUCAGAGAACCUUUUGGCUUCCUACUUCAAAGACUUGCUGGGAAGACAUGGAAUCAACCCAGGUGGAUUGGAUUUUUUUAAAUGUACAUUGGCACACUUGGUUUCUCAAGUCACCUGCUUGGCUCCCUUCCAAGUUGUACUUUGCUUCUUUUUUCUCCUUUGCUUUUCCUUCCUUACUGUUCUAAAGCUUUUUAAUAAACUUUCCCUCCUGCUCUGAAAACAAAAGUACAUAUACACCAUGGAAUACUAUGCAGCCAUAAAAUAGAAUGAAAUCAUGUCAUUUGUAGAAACAUAGAUGCAGCUUGAAACCAUUAUCCUGAGUGAACUAGCACAAAAACAGAAAACCAAAUACUUCAUGUUCUCACUCAUAAGUAGGAACUAAACGUUGGGUACAUAUGAAGACAAAGGUGGGAACAAUAGACAUUGGGGACUACUAGAUUAUGGGAGGGAGGUGGAAGGGUUUAAAAAACUACCUAUUACCUACUCACUACCUGGGUUAUGGAUCCAUUUGUACUCCAAAUCUCAGCAUCACGUGAUAUACCUCUGUAACAAACCUGCGUGUGUACCCUCGAUUUUAAAGUAAAAGUUGAAAAGAAGAAAAAAAUGCACAUUAGAUUUCAGAUUUUCACACCUAUAUGAAAAUAGAAUAUAAACCAUGUCAUUAGUAAUUUUAUGUGGAUGACAUGACAAUAAAAUAGUAUUUUGAUAUAUUGGAUAAAAUAAAAUUAUAUUAUUAAAGAUUUGCUGGGUAGCCCUCUUCUUUGUGAAUCUAAAAUAUAGUAAGACUUAAAGUGAUGGAUAUGGUAAUUACCCCAAUUUGAUUAUUAUACAAUGUUUCCAUGCAUUGAAACAUCACACUGUAUUCCCAAACUAUGUAUAAUGAUGUCAAUUGUAAAUUUUAAAUUAAUAAAAAAUAUGGUAAGAUUCUUAUUCUUGGGCCUUAUCCGUAGACACACCCUCUAUCCUUCAUCCUGCGUUUCUUUCAUAGAAGGAGAAGGACAAUAAUUCAUGGAGCAAUUGGAAGGAGGAUACGCUUCCUUCUGGUUGGUCCUUUGACACCUAAGGGUUGAGAAAUCCCCUGAGAAACACACACAUUUUAUAAGCCUUGUAAAAUCUAUCUUUUUAAUAAUGCUGUGUAUUAUCAACUAUCUAUUUCAGAUCUUACUCCAAGUCCUUUAUCUUUUGGUACUUCUGAAUCUCUCUGCAUCAUCAAAUGAUCAAUAAAUAAACAGACAUUACUGAAUCACU